CAAUUAUCCAUCAGUGUAGAAAAAGAGAUGAACAACAAGAAACAAUCCUGACCCUUCUCUCCAUCUUUCAGGAGCUCUUCCAAGCAAAGGAGCCAGCCGCACACAAUCUCGCCGAUUCUUCCCUUGCUUCCAACUUCCAAUGCCAUCUUCGCUAUCUCUCCCUUCUUGCCAGCAACCUCAAUAUCUCCAAGCCCUCUUAGAUUCCGCACGUCCAUUCCUUCGAGGUGAGCUUGAAUCUGUUGACAAGGACUUGCCUGGCCUGAUUGCUGUCUUGCGUUCUGCGGGUGCCGGAGAGUGUUCUCACAAACAUGGUAGCUUUUUGGAGCAUUUGGUUGACAUAUACCGUAUUCUCAAGAUUUGGAAAGCUCCUGACUCUGUCUGCCUUUGUGGCCUCUUUCACUCCGCUUACUCCAAUGCUUAUGUAAACCUUGCUAUAUUCGAUGCUUCUACGGAACGUGAAGUUGUUCGAGGCCAUGUUGGUGAGGCUGCAGAGCGUUUGAUUCACUUGUUCUGUGUUGUUCCACGUCAGACUAUGAUCCAUGAUAAUCUUUUGUUCAAGUACUGUGAUUCUGAGCUUAUGGAACACCUAAAAUUGUCGGAGAUUGCAUUGAAGAAUGGCAAAGAAGAAGGUUUGUUCGAUAGAGAUGAAGUUUGGAGGAAGAAGCUGCGGCUUCUGUUACCUGAGGAUGGAAUUGUAGUGAAAAAUAUAAAGACAGCUGAAGAUGUUACAAUUACGAGAAGGGUGAUGGCUGUUUUUCUUUUGAUGAGUAUGGCGGAUUACUCUGAUCAAUUGUUCAGCUAUCAGGAUCUGUUGUUUGAUAACUUUGAUGGACGGUUCAGAUUUUUGGGGAAUAACUAUGAUGCUUUAUGGCCUGGAGAUGGCAAGCCCGGGUUGUGGAUGAAUUCGGUAUCGAAAAUGGGUGCGGUUUAUAAUCUCAUACUGAGAGAUGAAGGCAUCAUUUUAGAGGAGAGGAAAAGGGUUGGUUGUGCUGAGGUCGAGAAAGAUAGAGAUGAGGGCAUUGAGCUCGUGGUGCCUCCAGUUUUUGAGAACUGCACAAGGGUUGUGGAUGCCAAGGAGCAGGUAGAGGCAAGGGACUUGUACUGGGAAGCUAUUUGCGAUGGGUCUAAGCGUGGGAUGGAAAGAGCUGAGGACUUGUUGCUAGGCUGCACUGCGAAGAACCCAUUUGUUGGUGAGCCGCAUGUUGUGUUGGCUCAGGUCUACUUGAAUAAAGGGAGGUUUGAGGAGGCUGAACAAGAGGCUGAGAGAGGGCUGACCCUGAUGUUAGAGUGGGGGAGCCCUUGGGACAAGAGAAUGUCAUGGGAAGGGUGGAUAGCUUGGGCUAGAGUUUUGUUACUGAAGGCUAAGGAAAAGUCUUGGCCACAGAGUGCUUGGGGUGUCCUCAGUCUAGGACUUGUGAGGUGAUGCUGCUGCGGUCCUGUUACUCUUGUGUGUUGUGCCAUCUGCCAAUGAAAUUAGAUACGAUUUCAAUGUAGGAUUGUUGCUUUGACUUGAUUCUGUAUGGGAAUUGGAAAGAGGAUUGCAAUGUGGAUGCAUUCCCUGCUUUUUAUCCGUUUAAUUCAAUAAAAUAAGGAUGUCCUAUCAUUAUUUGUUUAAA